AAAUGAACCUGUCUGCGUCGUAUUAAAAAAAGGAAUAAUAAAUUGUAGAUAAAAACAAUGUAAAUUUACAUACUUAAAUAAAUGUGAAGCAUGCAAAAAUAAAGAAUAAUUGAAUUUAUGAUAGAUGGAGAUUGUAAUAAUUUUCCACAAAAUGCUGUUUUUUGUAAUCCUAAUUUAAAAGACAUAUUUAAAUGUUCAGUUUAAUUAAAUUAAAGAAGAUAAAAAAAUGAAAAAGUUUGUGGAUAUUUCAACUUAAAUACUAAUUGUGUGAAAAAUUUGUGCAGUUAAUCUUAUGAAAAUGGUUGCGAAGCUUGUCAACACGAAAUAGUUGAUUAUUAUGUACUCGGUGAAUGCUAAUAAGAAAAUGAAGUUAUCUGA